CCCGGGUUACAGUCACUUUACCAGGAAGUUUACCCAGACGAGACGAGAAACGCCACCGAUGGGCGACGCGAUGAGGAGAUGGAUUCCGAUGCAGCACACAGCUCUGACUUCUACACUGGUUUGGCGCUUGCUGUAAGCUCCACCAUAUUCAUCGGAUGUAGCUUUAUAUUGAAAAAGAAAGGGCUGUUGCGACUCGCAAAAAAAGGCUCUACUAGAGCAGGUCAAGGAGGAUAUGCAUAUCUGAAAGAAUGGAUGUGGUGGGCAGGACUUUUAUCAAUGGGAAUAGGUGAGGCGGCUAAUUUCGCAGCAUAUGCAUUUGCGCCUGCCACUUUGGUAACGCCUCUGGGAGCAUUGAGUGUUUUGGUCAGUGCUGUCCUCUCAUCAUACUUCCUGGGUGAGCGACUAAAUGUCCACGGAAAAAUAGGCUGCUUGCUGUGCAUCUUUGGCUCCACAGUUAUGGUCCUCCAUGCUCCACAAGAGGAAGAGGUUGCCUCCUUGAGCGCAAUGGCAGAGAAACUAAAAGAUCCAGGAUUCAUUGCUUAUGCUGUCUGCAUUGUUGUGAGCAGCCUGGUUCUGAUGUUCAUCGUCGCACCACGCUAUGGUCAGAAGAACGUGCUAGUGUACAUCCUCAUCUGCUCUGUCAUUGGCUCACUGUCCGUGUCCUGUGUGAAAGGCCUAGGCAUCGGCAUUAAAGAGCUGGUAGCUGGAAUGGCAGUUCUGAAAGAGCCGUUGUUUUGGGCUCUGCUCAUAUUCCUUGUGAUCUGCAUCAGUAUUCAGAUAAGCUACCUUAAUAAGGCCCUUGACAUAUUUAACACCUCUAUCGUUACGCCUAUUUAUUAUGUGUUCUUUACUACGUCUGUCAUGGCCUGUUCAGCCAUUUUGUUUAAAGAGUGGCUUCGUAUGUCCAUUGACGGGGCCACUGGAACUGUUAGUGGCUUUCUUACCAUCAUUAUCGGCAUUUUUCUUCUUCAUGCUUUCAAAGACAUCAAUUUCACCUUGGACUCUUUGCCUCUGUAUCUGCAUCACGGCCUUCAAGGUGGCACAUGCAGUCAACCAUAUGUUGCUUUGCCAACUGAGGAGAGAAUUACUCGGGACGAAAGCAAUCUGACGAAGGAAAGAAGCAUGAAGGGCUUUUAUCCCGAGAGCUCAGUAAAGAGUAGCAAUGGCACAUUUAUUACUUAGAAACUAUC